ACCCAAGCCAGUCCCCUCUCCGCCCUCCUCAAGAUGCCGUUCGUCAAAAAGGUCAAGUCCGACGCCUACUUCUCCCGUUACCAGGUCAAGUACCGUCGCCGGAGAGAGGGAAAGACCGAUUACUAUGCCCGCAAGCGUCUCGUAUCGCAAGCUAAGAACAAGUACAAUGCCCCCAAGUACCGCCUCGUCGUCCGGUUCACGAACAGGGAGGUCAUUUGCCAAAUUGUCUACGCCCGCCUCCAGGGUGACUUCGUUCUCGCCGCUGCGCGCUCAAAAGAACUUCCCCGCUAUGGGAUCAACCACGGCUUGACAAACUGGACUGCUGCCUACGCAACUGGUCUCCUCGUCGCUCGCCGCGCCUUGAACCAAAUCGGUCUCGCUGACAAGUACGAGGGUGUUGCUGAGCCAGACGGCACUAUCUCCCUGAUCGAGGCUUUGGACGACGAGGAUGCUCCCCGGCCAUUCAAGUGCUACCUCGAUGUCGGUCUCAAGCGCACAUCGACAGGUUCGCGUGUCUUCGGUGCCCUCAAGGGUGCCAGCGACGGCGGUAUCUUCAUUCCCCACAACGAGAAGCGUUUCCCCGGCUUCGACCCAGAGAGCAAGGAGCUUGAUGCUGAGACCCUCAAGAAGUACAUCUUCGGUGGACACGUCGCUGAGUACAUGGAGAGUCUGGAGGAGGAAGAUGACGAGCGCUUCAAGAAGCAGUUCUCUACUUACCUCGCUGAUGGUGUCGGCUCUGAGGACAUCGAGGAGAUCUUCCAGAAUGCCUACGCUGCCAUCCGUGAGGACCCAGCGUUCAAGCCCACCGAGAAGGAGAAGGACUGGAAGGCCGAGAGCUUGAAGUUCAAGACUCACCGCCUUACUUACGCCCAGCGCAAGGAGAACAUCGAGAAGAAGAUCGAGGCCUUCAAGGCUGGUGGAGAGGCCAUCGAGGAGGACGAGGAGGACGAGGAGUAGACGUUCUGCUUCUGUUAUCCUCUCGGUUCCAUUCUCGGGUGUUUGUCGUUGUCUCUUUCAUCCGCUUUGCGCGGCCCCCUACGCUUUUUCAUGCUUUGCAUAUAUGGUCCUCAAAACUAUGAUUAGUGCAUACCAUGCCCUCAUGCACCACAUCCUUUCGUACGAUCUGUGACCGCAAGGCUUCACUCGUCGACACGAUGCCUGUCAUAUUCUCAGCGGCCCGUAAGAGCUUUCUGAAUUACAUCGUCAACCCAUGCAAACAGUGAUGUGGGCCCGGCCGUAUCAAACUCUUCUCUAUGCACCUUUGCUUGUCCCUUGAUUCGAUAUAGUCGAGAAACGGAACAUAGAAUGGUAGACUCCGCCCCGAACGAUGUCGUGAAGUUUAAUACACAGCCGUCCCACUUCCCCACAGCACGACCCAUCUCAGGACCAUCCGAAGAAACGAACCACGUCCCGUUCUUGUGUUCCGACAGACCCGUACCGACAUCGCAUAUUCGCUGUAGGAGACAUUGUUCGGUCUCGUCACGAAGGAGCUGGAUGAGAUGUGGAAUGGCGGAUAUGGUGAGGAUGGCUUGUGCUAGGUGUGCGGUCAAGGUCGAAGGUGAGCGGAAUGUGAAACGGAGCGUUCGUCUGUUGUCUAUUCGAAUGAGAGCCUGGCCUCCGACCUGACAUGAUCCUCGUUCACUCAACGACCGUACCAAAUCUUCGCCGUUCUCGCCUACGGGGUCGAAGUGGAAGCUUGUGGUAAUACCAGCUUUUCGUAGGCCGUUCACGACAUGACUCAUCUCGGUGUGGAUGCGCUCGCAGAAGAGUUGGUAUUGGAGGAGAUCGACGAUGGGUUGAAGCAUCUGUGGUGGUGGGUAAUUCACGAUAUCCGAGGGGCGGGUGGAGAGGCCGGAGAGGUAGCGCUUUUUUCGGUAUGAGUGGAAGCCUAGCAGGAGUGCGUGUAAUAGGGAGUAUAUGAGGUCACAUUGGGCUUCAGCUGCUGGAUUUGAGGUGGAUUGUGAAGGCGAGGGUGCGUCUUUGUCCACCAGUUCAAACUGCAGCUCUGACAAAUCUGUGGCCUCCACCACGAUCAAACGCUCAGAUACUCUUACCGACGUCGUGGGUAGCUUGCCUGAGUCCUCUAUGAGAAGAGCAAAUAUCUCUUCUUCGAUGGCUUCGCGUUGAGCACUACGCAGAAGCCCGUCCAGAGAAGAUUCAUCUUCAGCUUUUAGGGAGUUGUGUGAUACUGUUCGGGUUCCUGUGAUGCCCAGAGAUGCUAGAGAUACCCGUAGACACACUUUUCGACGAUGAGGGAAGAUAAUAGGUCCUUGGCUAGUGUCAUAAGAUGCCAUCUGUGCGAUGGCUCUACGGCGAAAGACGGAUGAUGAAGUCUCGAGUCCAUAGGAUACCAAGAAAUCCUUCGAUGUUUUGUCCGAAUUCCUCCUCAUAGACGCACCGUCCCAAGGCAGAGGAGCGGGCACAAGAGACCAGUUCUUCCGUCUGAUUUUCAAGGCGUCCAUCCAGUAGCGUUCGUUGAAUUGCCUGCCUCUCUCAACGCUGUCGGCAGCGGACUUGAAGAGGUCAGAAGCCUUCCUGAGCGCUUCGUCCUUACCUCCGAGAACCAAUUGCGCAUCGAAAGAUUGGAUAGAAGGGAUGGGAGGCGGUUUAUUCACCGACGUUGCAUUGAGAACCCCACGAGGCAAAGAAGAGGUAGCAGAGGGAGCAGGGACUUCAGGCUGACUGAAGACAGAGGAUACCAAGCUAGGCGCGCGUGUGGUACCGGAUGAAGAGAGUAGGAGAGAGAGAACGUCGCUAGCCUGAGUUAUCUCACCAACAGCGGUCUGUAGCUGAGGGAGUAAUUCCAUACGCAUGUUGUUCAGUUCUUCGAGAGACAUCGGCUUUAUGUCCGAGGCGUGAGUAUCCUCGCCAGACUUCAUCGCGUCCUUCACCUCUUUCACCUUCUCCUUCGUCGCAUCCUUGUUGGCCAUUCGCUCCUCAUCGUCCUGCUCGAAGAAGUCAUACCCUCUUUCGAGAAAAAUACGCUUGAGAUUGUCGCCCAGCUUCGCGCCAGGACUCUCUUGAGGUUCGUAUAUGUAUUCUCCGGUCGGGAGGAUGUCUUGGACGACAGCGAGAGGAUUGCCCUGAUCGUCUUUGUAUGGCCUUUCGAUAGAGAGUUUGAGGUUCUGCCAUGAUGAGCC